AUGCCACCCAAAGCUCCGGGAUCCAAGGCUCCCCCUACACAAAGCACGGAACAAGCCAGCAGUGGUUCAGCACAAUCACCACCAGGCAAUCCAGUCACUCCCGCAGCAACGCCUACACCUUCUGCUGCAUCCACUCCGGCUCCUCUUAGCCGCCAGAGCUCGACACCACGACCCUCCUCAACGCGAGGUAAACCUGUCGUCAAUGCACCAAGGGCUGCCAAUCGACGAUCACAAGCUGCUCGACUUGAAGCUGCACAGACAGCAGCGAGGGCGAAAGCUGCUGAGGCUGAGGCCGUAGCGGAGGAGAAAAAGAGGAAAGACAGAGAAGCCAGGCGUUUCGGUUACAGAGGCAAUGAUCGCUCGGGCAGAGGAGGCGGGAGAGGCGGACGAGGUCGUGGAGGACACAUGGGAGAUUCGCACCGGUCGAGAGAUGAAGAUGUGAUUGCUAGUGGGCCUUUCAGCGCUGGACAAGUGACCGCAGAUGCGAAAGCGGCUUACGCGAGGCGAUUUGGGUCUGGAGCCAGUGGGUCUGGAGCAUUCUCAGGUGGUGUUACCAGUAGCUCGGGCGGUAGGAGCGGAGGAGGUGGUGGUGGAGGCAGCGGAGGUGGUGGAGGAGGAGGUUCCGGAGGUUCAGGAAUCAAGAGUGAGCCAGGGAGUGGCGGGACUUUUACCAUGAGCACAAGGGGGUUGAAGACGGAGGAUGGCGGCUACAUCUCCAGCGACGAUGAGGAGGUCGACACGACCCUCCCGAAGCAAGACAUCGACCACAUGCAGGUCAUCGAUUUGACAGGAGAUGAUGCUGCACCUAGACGCAAGAACGCGCUCGCUCCCGUUCGUCUGACCCGAGUACCUCACCAAGAACGAACUGUCGGAUUGAGUAUAGAAGACUCCAAUGCAGCCAGCAACAUUGUACCCCCAGAAAUGCCCACGACCGAAAAGAAGAAAGGCAAACAGCGAGCUCGAGAUGUUGAGAUUACAGGGUCCACCGCGAUGCCCAAACGACCAACAGCGUAUAGCUCAUCUGACGACGAGAACGAGCAACCUUAUAUCAAGCCCGAACCUACGGGAGACGAUGGGCAAGCUCGGCCAACCACACCACCCGCUCAAGACAUCACAACGAUUCCAGAAGCACUUCAAGACGCUCCUUCGUCUCCAGAAACAAAACGAAAAGCCAAGGAAAGAAUCAAAGCGAUUGCAGAUUCGAUGGGCGCAGAUGACUCGGACGACAGCGACGUACCCUUACCCGAGCCUCCCCGAUUCCAAACACAAGCUGAACUCGACGAGUGGAAGCGUCAUUACAAAGACCUCCGUGGAAUUCGCAAUGAGCUUGGCCGCCAAGUUCCUAAAACCCUUCCACCUCCCACAGACGCAAACGGCGACACCGCUAUGGAGGGAGCCGCACCGGAAGACCCGACUUUGGUCAAAGCUCGCAAACAAGAAGAGACUCGCUCCCAACACGUCUAUCUCUUUCAGUUUCCUCCUGUUCUGCCAUCCCUCAUACCCGUCUCCGUCAAACCCGAUCCCGAAACUGCUGUAGCAGGCGCCACCGACCAAGACCCAAUGGACGUCGACGCAUCCGCUCAACAACGUUCGACCAAUACGGGUCUUAACGUCCAGCCCAAACUCCCCUCUGGCCACGUUGGCAAGCUGCGUAUCCACAAGUCUGGGAAAGCGACUCUGGACUGGGGCGGCACGAGUCUAUUGCUGGGCAUGGGUGCCGAUGCUACUUUCUUGCAGAACGUGCUGAUUGCUACCGUGCCUGAGACGAAACCUGAGGUCGUGAAGGAAGAGAAGGAUAAGGACAAGGCCAAGGCCAAGGAAGGAGAGGAACCGCUGGAGCCGGCUGUAGGCAUGGGAAUGGGUCAGGUCAGGGGCAAGUUUGUCAUGACGCCGAACUGGGACGAGAUCUUGAGAUGA